AUCAUCAAGUCACAUGAUCAGCACACUCAUAAUAUUUUUAAGGUGGUAAAAUCUGUCAAUUAUAGAACCUGGUACGAAUAUUCUGGUUGGUAUCAUCAUGGACCAAGGACAGCCAAAGAGUGUUCUAACUGAGAUAUCUUCCAAUAAGAGCUUCAAUGGCUUGCAGAAGGUGUUUUCACACGAAAGCUCAGAAUGCGAUUGCAAGAUGACCUUCUCGGUUUUUCUUCCAAGCCAGGCUGAGAAUGGACCAUGCCCCACCCUCAUAUAUCUCUCUGGGCUGACGUGUACAGAUCAAAACGUCACAACCAAAGGUGGAUUCCAGCGCUAUGCCGCUCAGCACGGAAUGAUCGUUGUAUGUCCAGACACAAGCCCUCGUGGGUGUAACAUCGAAGGAGAGGAUGAUUCAUAUGACUUUGGCUCUGGAGCCGGGUUUUAUCUCGAUGCCACCGAAGAGAAAUGGAAGAAGAAUUAUAGGAUGUACUCCUACAUUACAAAAGAGCUGAUUCAAGUGAUUGCGGAGAAUUUCCCCAUUAAUCCAGAGAAGCUUGCAAUAACUGGCCACAGCAUGGGAGGACAUGGAGCUUUGACCAUUGCACUUAAGAACCCUCAUAUCUUCAAGUCUGUAUCUGCCUUUGCGCCAAUCUGUAAUCCCAUCGACUGCCCAUGGGGACAGAAGGCCUUCAAGGGUUACCUAGGACCAGAUGUUAACACUUGGAAGGAAUACGAUGCAUGUGAGCUUGUCAGGAGCUACGAUGGACCACCAAGAGAGAUCCUCAUUGAUCAAGGGAAAGGCGAUAAUUUCUACACUCAAAAGCAGCUUCUUCCUGAGAACUUUGUAACGGCUUGUCAAGCCAGUAACACAGCAUGCAUCAUGAAUCUACGUGAGGGAUACGAUCACAGCUACUAUUUCAUCUCAACAUUCAUGGAGGAUCAUAUCAAAUUUCACAUACAACAUCUGUGAUGACGUCAACUGGUUGCCAUGGGAUAUUGGGAACACAUCAGUUGUCAAAUAACAGUGAUGCCCCUUUUCAGACAAAAGUCUGAUUUUCGACAUAUUUUCAGCCAUUGAAAACACCUUUUUCAUGUAGGAAAGGGGUCAUUCUAGAUGAUUUCAGAGUUUUUAAUCAAUUCUUAGUGGCAUCCUUGAAAAGGGGAAUGAGAAUAAGGUGAGAUAGCCUACCAAUCCUGAAACUGGAAAUAUAUAAAGUGAUUUGCUCACAAUAUCAUGUGAAGCUUAAAGUAUAUCUCUAUGAUCUGAUUGAUGAUUUCAUCAAAUCGACUGGUUUUGAGAACUGCUCUAAUCAAAACUGGAGGGCCCUGUCACAUAAAACAUUAGUUAUCCUGUCUUCAAUAGUAGCAAAUCAAAAUAAAGAUUUUCAAUUAUGAAGAUUACGUAUGAUCUGAUUGAUAAUUUCAGCAAAUCGACUGGUUUGAGAACUGCUCCAAUUCAAACUGGAGGGCCCAGUUCAAAAUUAAAAUAAGAUUUCCAUGAUAGUUAUGGUUGAAGGCAAAGUUAUCCUGGUCCAUGUAUCACCCAGGUUUAUGUAUGAACGUACAUUUUAUUCAAGCAGGCUCAUGUAUGAUUUUUCUAUAUUUUCAUGUAAGGCAAUGCACAUCAUGGGAUGUUGCUUUGUCGAAUAAGUAUAAAUAUUGUUUUUAGAUAAUGUGUGUGGUGAUUUAUGAUGCAAAAAGAAAGAAAAGCUGAGCUAUUUUAUAUUUAAGCGAAUAAAUUCAUUUUACGAUUUUGAUCAUUGUAGAUAUUCACAUUAUAGCUCCAAAUCCAAAAUAGGGUUUUCAUCCAUACAGAGAGGGCUUAAGCCAAGGGUUUUCACCUUAAUAAGCAUCAAUGAAAGCACAUUACUUGUGAGUGCAUUUGAAGGACAUAGGAUCACAUUUAAUGUAUGAGGAAAGAAUGAAUCGCUCCCAUGUGCUUGUAUCCAGUAUUUAUCUAAUAAUAAAAAUCAGUAUUAAGUAUAUACUUUUGCUUCUGUGAAGCGCAUAAUUUGUCCAAUGAAGGAGCUAUGAUUUCAUAAUGCUGUUACUAAAUUCUGUUGAGUGGAUGAAUUACAGAUAUUCAGUUUUAUCUGCCGGAGUUUGGCUUGAGACUUUGCUGGAUGAGUGCUUUUCGCUAUUUCCAUACUUCAGUUCAAUGCUGAAGGCAGCAUUUCUGGGGAUUGAGGAUAAUCAUAUUGGCGAAUUGUCAAAUAAUUUUUACA